CUAUCGGUAAAUCCCACUUUUCGUGCAGUGCACGACAAUAGGUUAACAGUGAGCGACAUUAGUCAAUGAGCCAGAUAGACUUCACGUAUAAUUUAUUUAGAGGCUUGCAGCUACUAGUAUUAGGCAAAAUUUAACCCCCUUGAUUUCACCAAGAGUAUUCGAAACAUAUACUGAUCAGAUUUCUUGCUUGAAAUUUAGUGAAAGAAAACCUCCAAAUCAUAUAUUAUUGGUAAACACAAAUACCUGUUAUUAUAACCCCAUAUGAACGUGCAAGUUUCUGUGCCCUCUUUAGCGAUGUAAAGCUGUACCGGUGUUCUAGUUGAACAGCAUCACCAAAGAAACUGCUGAUGGAUUGCUAUGUAAUUCGGAAUGUAGAUACAUGUAGUUUUGAUCUAUCAAAGAAAUGAUGAAUCCUCCCGGCUUUCUCUAAUACUGCAGGAGGAUUUUCCUUUUUGCAUCUCGUUACAUCUAUUUUUGAAACCUUUAACAUUCCAUAAUCUAUCAAUCUAUAACCGUCGUGUGUCCAGUCAUCUCGUACAAAUGUUAUGUAUCAUCACUACACGAAAUCUGAUCAUGAAGCACACGUUCAGCUUUCGUGAAGCUUCCUUUCAUGAAUAAACUCGACCUUUGCGCAUGUUUUAAUGCGUGCUUAACGAAUGGAUUUCGUGGCAACGCGUGUUAAUGUCAUUGAACCCACAUUUCACCUAUUACAAAUAUAUAGCGUUUUCAGCAUGGUUAAUGUGAUAACACCACCGGCCAUGGAGUCAUUUGGUUUUACAUUACGACCACAGAUUGCGGGGCGCGCACCCCGGGUCAAUACAAUUUCAAAGAUUUACGGUAAUUUUCACCCCUAAGUGAAAACCUUUUAACGUAAAUCCACUGACGUCCCCACUUACUUAUCUGACAUUGAUUACUUAGUGGCCGUCUUUCCACGCUUAGUAGCUGUCCUUCCGCGCAUCUUCAACUAUUCGUCCAAGAAAGGCCGCGUGAAAGGUACUGAACUAAAAUGCGAACUAGUCACACUCAGGACCAUCUAUCCGCAAAGAAAUCUAAGUUCUUUUAUCUGAAUCUGCCCUGCCUUACUCCAUGGGUAAUUAAUUUGACAGCCGGUAUAUGUACCACAUUUGGAACUCGGAAAGGGAAGACUGCCAUCUCUGUUGUCCUCACCCUUGCACAGACCUGUCACCCCCUACUCUGGCCUUUCCCUCCUACUCAACAGGGGCGCUUAUCAAACACAUCCCGGUGCGCAAUUUCUAAUCUGGGAGCAUCAAUCUCCGGGUUUCCACGUCGUGCUCCCAAUCACAAUGAGCUUUACCCCUGGUGCACAUCCCUUCUCAGCUCAGCUCGGUUGCCGCUAAGAGGUUUUUUUCCCCUCUCAGAAGGACGCUUGGUUUCUUCUUCCAUUUUUGAUCACCUCCUUCGUGCAUACUUGCUGUUCUGGACAGUUAUACAUUAUCGUAUUGGUCGGCAAACCGCAGUUCUGGCACCGGCAAUCGCCUGCAUUCACGGCUGCGGCAUGACGUGUGGAACCAAGCGGACGUUAGCGGAUGUUCAGCAUGGAACGAAAGACUGAAGCCAUGGCGAUUCGACGGGCGGUCUCCGUUCACAUUCUUCUCUUCGCCUGGAGCUUACUUUUACUAGGUGCUGAUGGCCAGUGCCCACCGGGUCAGUUUUCCUGUGAAGAUGCCGACAACACCUGUCUGGACCAGCACCUCUGGUGUGACAACGUAACGGACUGCGACAAUGGAUAUGACGAGAAUGAAGUUGACUGUAGUGACAACACGGGUGGAGGAGACAUCUUUGACGAAGAGAGUUUUUAUUACACCUGGUCAGCUGGUGACGACCUGUCGUACUACCCGGACUGGUGUGAGUUGCCGGAAGUCCCAGCGGUAUGCACUUGUUCGGAGGGAACAAAUGUCAGCUGUGCCGGACAGAAUCUCUCAGCAGUUCCAGACGACAUUUCUCACAACGUCACCAGACUGUAA